AUGACAUCAAAACAUAUUUGCGUCUAUUGUGCAGCGAGUGAUAUUUGUGAUAAGAAAUUUUUAGAUGCCGGACGACAAUUAGGUGAAGCACUUGCUCUAAUGAACGUAACCGUUGUUUACGGUGGAGCACAAUUUGGUGUUAUGGGUGCUGUAGCCGAUGGGGCACUUAAUGCUAAAGGGAAAGUUAUUGGAUGGAUACCAAAAUUCAUGAAAAGUGAAAUUUUACAUCCCGGUAUAACAGAAGUCCAUGAAGUUGAAACAAUGCAUAUGCGCAAACAUGGCAUGAUGAUGGGUUCCGAUGCUCUUAUUGCGUUACCUGGUGGCACAGGCACACUCGAAGAAUUAAUGGAAGCCAUAACAUGGAAACGCCUUGAUUUAAUUCAUAUGCCAAUAUUUAUUGUCAAUCUCGAUGGAUUUUACGAUCCAUUAUUAAAUUUAUUUGAAAAUAUGUUUAAAGAACGUUUUAUCAGUCGAGAUUUAGAAAAACAUUGGGUUGUCGUUAACACAGUUGAUGAAAUUAUAGAAAAAUUAAAAUUAAUCAUUUAA